AGAUCUUCAGAAACGCCUCUUCUGCAAAACUAAGUUUAUUGAAAGUUGAGACAAAAUAACGCUGCCAGACUACGACACAUUACCAUGGUGCUGAAUACACUCAAAGUCACCUGGAGCAGACACUCAAAAUGGAAUGGAUGCUAGAUUGUAAUGUUGUGCCACCUUCAGUGAGUGACCAAAUGUCUGUGAUGUCUGGAUUUGUGUUAUCAGCGGUCUUCCAAGAUGAAGGAGAAGAGAAGAGUCCGAAGAAGAUUUUCAGAUGAUCACACCAUGUUCAAUGAGAUGACAGCCAUGGAUCAAAUCAUUGAGGCCAACGAGUAUGAAAGAGCCACCUUAGUAACCGAAGGAACAACUUUAAGAGAGGGAGACAUAGCUGUCUCCAACAUGGGUGGAAGGACAUGCUUUGCCAGAAGCUGUUUGUGGUCUAAAUCUGUGGAUGGCCAUGUGUACAUAGCUUACACUUUUUCACCAGAAUACAAUGAAUUGGAUAAAAAGACCAUCACGCAGGGCAUGGAACUCAUUGAGGAGGAUACCUGUGUUCGCUUUGUGCCAAGGACUCACCAGAGGGACUACCUGGACAUCAAGCCGAAGUCUGGGUGUUGGUCCUACCUGGGGGUACGUGGCGGAAGGCAAGCUCUGUCUAUGCAGACACCAGACUGCAUGUCAUCCGGUGUGGCUGCCCAUGAGCUCAUGCAUGCCUUGGGAUUUGUGCAUGAGCAGUCACGAGCUGAUCGUGACAACUUUGUGACCAUCAAGUGGUCGAACAUCUGGAAAGAUCGUUUGAGGAAUUUUGAGAAGUUCAAAACGAAUAACCUGGACACUCCAUAUGACUAUGGAUCUCUGAUGCAUUAUAGCAUGUAUGCCUAUUCUGAAGAUGGGGAUCCCACAAUAGUUCCAAAAAGCAGCUGGAAUGUUCAGAUGGGUCAGGGAUAUGGCCCCAGUCGUUUGGAUAAAGUCAAAAUUAACAGACUCUACAAAUGUGGUUAAUGGUUCCUUGUACACAAAAGAAAAACACUGCCUUAAUGCUUACUGACUGUGCUCUGCUGUUUGUAUUUAGUCAUGUUUAAUGUGCCUAAGACUGAUUAAAAUGCUUAUCUUGCUUAUUA